GUUCGCGCAAGUUGAUUUCUCUUUCCUUCAUUUCCUAACAAAAGCUAUCAUUAUUCCUCUCUCUCCGUAUCUCCUUCGCUUCCGGCGAGUGAUCCGUCCUUGAGCUUUGAUGUUACGUCUUCCCUCCACCUACUUUGCGUGAAAGCAGCGAUUGAGUGUUUGGUCUGAAACAGAGAGAUUAAUAAAGAUCCAAUUUUUAUUUUGGGUGGGUUUGAAUCAAGUAUGCUACCUAGUGGAGGGUUGAAAGAAACUCAACUCAACAACAACCAGAAGGUUCAUCCACAACCAAUGGAACAACAACAACAAAUCAACCAAAACCCUGAAGCUAUGGAAGCACUCAUCUCCAACCUCUUCGGCAACAUCUCCUCUCUCAAAUCCGCUUACAUCCAGCUCCAAUCCGCCCACACUCCUUACGACCCCGACAAGAUCCAGGAAGCCGACAAGGCCGUCAUCUCCGAGCUCAAGAACCUCUCCGAGCUCAAGCACCACUACCGAGAGCACAACCCAAAACCCGUCUGCGUCUCUCCCCAGGACUCUCGCUUAGCCGCGGAGAUCCAAGAGCAGCAGAGUCUCCUCAAGACUUACGAGGUCAUGGUGAAGAAGUUCCAGUCCGAGAUUCAGAACAAGGACUCCGAGAUCACUCAGAUGAUGGACAAGAUCGAGGAAGCCAAUCAGAAACGUGUUAAGCUCGAGAAGAAUCUCAAGCUGAGGGGAAUGUCUAACGAAUCUAGUAGUAGUGUGGAGUUUCCUCCUGACUUGACCGUUGAGCUCUUUAUCUCUACCUACGAAGCUGCUUCCAAAGCGGUUCACGAUUUCUCCAAGCCGUUGAUCAACAUGAUGAAAGCUGCGGGAUGGGAUCUCGACUCCGCGGCUAACUCCAUCGAGCCUGAGGUUGAUUACGCCAAGAGACCUCACAAGAAGUAUGCGUUCGAGUCGUACAUAUGCCAGAGGAUGUUCGGUGGGUUUCAGCGCAAAGAUUUCUCAUUAGACUCAGCAGAGAGUGCAAUGGCCUAUGAUGAUGACGACACUGAGACGUUCUUCCGUCAGUUUCUUUCACUGAAAGACAUGGAUCCACUAGAUGCUCUGUGUGCAAACCCGGACUCCAACUUUGGCAAGUUCUGCAGGAGCAAGUAUCUCAUCUUGAUCCACCCCAAGAUGGAAGCUUCUUUCUUCGGAAACCUGGACCAGCGUGACUACGUGGCGGGAGGUGGGCACCCGAGGACAGGGUUUUACCAGGCUUUCUUGAAGCUGGCGAAGUCGGUGUGGGUAUUGCAUAGGCUGGCUUACUCUUUUGAUCCGGCUGCGAAGAUAUUCCAAGUGAAGAAGGGGAGUGAGUACUCUGACUCGUACAUGGAGAGUGUGUUGAAGAACAUAGUUGUGGAUGACAAGGGAGAGAGCCCGAGAGUUGGUCUUAUGGUGAUGCCUGGGUUCUGGAUUGGUGGAAGUGUGGUUCAGAGCAGAGUUUAUGUCUCAGGUGUAAAGGUUGUUGAAUGAAAGGAGGUUCUCUGGUCUUUACCUGAUACCUGAACCUGAAGAGGGAAUCUCAACAACUGUUUUAAAGCUUCCAAGUUUUAUUGUUGUCUACUUGUUAUAAAUUAUGUAAUUCUGUGAAAUCGUAAGCAAAACAAGUACUCCCUCUGUUUCAACAAAAUGUAUGUUUUGAAGUUUUUGCAUGUAUGUAUUAAGAAAAUGUAUUAAACUUUAAUUAUAAAAUACUUUUUUUAUAUGAUGAACUAUUUUUCCCAA